CAGCAGCAGGUUGCGUGCUCGCCCGCCCCGCUCCUGUACGUGAAGCAAGCUGCACCCACGACCUCACGGCACGUUGGCAUAAGGUCGGACCCGCUCAGUGGCAGCAGACUGGCAUCAGUCCCAUCGCAGCAGAAGACAUGGGAGAGUCAAGCAGCAGUGCCUCCUCGUCCCGUGGACCUCGCCGACGUCAUCAAGCUACCCGUGAUCGUCGACGGGAAGACAGUGACUCCAAGAGCCGCAGCGGCCCCGACAACAGUGCUUCAGAGCGCCGCCAUCGCCGACAUCGAGACCGCCGCGACCAUCGGGGAGACGACCGCGGGGCUGACGACAAGGAUCGGGAGCCAGACCGAGCGCAUCGCAGGGAGGAUCGGGAAGACAGAGAGCACGGUUCAGGUGGACGCUCAUCUCGGAGAUCUGGACCUUCGGCAGCACGCAAGGACACGGUUGCCGAACGAGACCCUUGGCAAGCAGCCGCGGGUUCCUUGCGACAUGCUGGAGCUAGUGGGGGACCUGCUCGACCUCAUGAGCCGCAACACUUCCCACUUUCACCGCGAACUGCACAACAAGUGCUACGCGACAUGGAGGUCUUGCCUACAUUUCCUGACGGUGAACUACCUGCAGCGGGCACGCCUGUUGGUGGACUUCCUACCCCACGAGCUGAAGAUGACCCUCCUGCUCAUGGUGAUCUGGCUAGUCUCGAACAAAGGCUGGCGACACUGGGGCAUCCAUGAGCUCCAGGCCCGAGCUGACAAAGUGGAAGCAGAUCAGGCCAAGAUGCGACAACAGAUCAGCGCCAUGGAACAGACGCUGGCAAUGGCGGAGGCUGCCAUCCCAUGCGAUGUUCAGAAGCUCGCCACAUGGGACCGCACUCCAGACCCCACAGUCUUCAGCAUCGGCGCCCCCAGGGCGAUUGCACCAGCCGCCGUCAAGGCAGCGCUCGCGGAGUGGAUUCAGGCAUCGGGUGUUCCAGUGGAUCAGCUUGUUCUUCACGGUGAUGUACCUCAGCGACGAUUUCAUUUGCAAGUUCAAGGUGGAGCAGCAGCGCAUGGACGAGCCCUCGCUCUAUCUCGUGCCCUCAAGACUUCAGCUGGCUUCCGCACCUUCAGCGGGUUCGACACUGGCGGGGUCAACACGCCCAUCUAUGUUAGCGGAGACAAGAGCCCCAAGCAGGUCAGACUCGAGCUUCAGACUAAGCGUUUGCAGCGCAUCAUUCAGGACGCCUACCACGAUCACCACAUCGGAGCCCAGAGAAGCAAGGGCAUUGUCACCAUCGAUGCCGUGCCGCUCGUCAUUGUCGAGGUCAAGGGCCCUGAUGAACCGUCCAAGCUACGCUGGGACAUGCCAAUCCUCGCGCGGUUCAAGGUGGACAAACAACCUCUGGUGGCAGCAUUUGGACAGGCAUUCGCGAGCGUGGAUACGUCUACGUGGCGCCGCAAAGCCAAGAUGAACAAGCUUGUCUCGUUCAUGCGUAAGAAAGCGGUUAUCUUAUUGCAGGAAUGCCGUGGCACACUACCUAAAUUGCAGGCGGCCCUCGCUACUUAUCCAUAUCCUUACAAGAUCUUCUACAAUCACCUCUCGCAGAAGGCGGGAGGCACAGCAUUCCUGGUUCCGCUGGCAGAUCGUGAUCAGGAGGACCCUCAGGUGCACUUUGACCAUCAGAUAUUGGCCGCGGGAAGGGUGGCCCUUCUCACAAUAUACAACUCCGCUGACAACUUCACGAUGAAGAUCAUGAACGUACACAACUUCGAGUUGGACAUCGUUGCCCAGUCCAAGAUUGCGCACACUUGGAAGGAAAUGGUCCAAUGGAAUAUUGAGAGCCCUGUUACUAGAGCGUUUGUGGCUGCUGGAGAUUUCAAUGUCAAAUCAGGUCCCACGCGUAGCUACACCGAUCCUGUUUCUCGGACAUUUUCGCCAGGAACGCUGCCUGCUGAGACAGCCCGAGGCACUCAACCUUUGCAAGCGUUCUGGGAAAGACUCUUUGCGAUGGUUACGGAGAUCUCCACUGACUGCCCCACGCAUUACUGCAGAGAUACGUCCACGGCGGCUACACUGGAUAGGUUCUUCAUUGCCACCCCAGCGAACUACUUGCUCGACGUAGAGGUGAUCGCGGAGGUGGAUAUUGAUGCUGCCGCUAUCUCGGACUCCAGGCUCAGCGACCACACACCGAUCACCCUGCAUCUUAGAGAUCGAACCCGCCAGAGUGAGCAGACGGGCAUACCUGAGCACGUAUUUCGAGAUCCUCGCUAUGGUGAAAUUCUUGGUCAGCUUCUUGAUGCUGCACAACUACAUCGAUUUCCAGCGGUCUAUCAGUGGAGAUGCAUGAAGGACUUCAUGUCUGAGGCGGCACGCCAAGUCCGCAAUGAGUUGCAGCGCAUGCCGAUCUCCGCCAAGGACCCUCGUGCCAAGGGGGGGCGCCUCAUCACGCUCCGAGCUAUUUCGCGAUGUGUCUGGCGCAACGAUGUGGGCACCGCCUACAAGCUGAUGGCCACCACGGCCGACGGCGCGCGCUUCCUGGCCGUCUCCAACGGCUGCGUCGAGCUCGGCGAGCGGCAAGAGUUCGGCGCCCUGAUGCGUGCCAUCAACUUCGACUACCAGCAGAGGGAGGCCAG